AUGUUAAGAGACGAAGUUCGUAGAACAAAUGAAGCAGAAACAGCAAAAUCCCAAGAACGCCUAGUGAAUCCGUCGAAUAGUGAUGACAAAAAGAAUUCGAAUGAUACGAAUGACGGCAAGAGUGAUACGGAAAAGCUUGUUGAGAAAGCUCUAGAUGAAAAAGUGCAAGAACAAGGAUUACCCGAAGACGACGGAUCGGAUACAUCAGAAAAAAUCGAAGACGAAAUUAAAGAAAAGAAACCCGACAAUCCAGAUGAUCACCAUGAUGAUUUACAAGGCUCAACAGUUGAAAUUGUCCAACCGACAGAUUUAAAACCGAAACAUCUUGGUUUUACGCGAACAUUAUUAUUAGCAAUGUUCGCUGCUAUGAUUGGCACAGGCGCUCAAUUCGGGUAUGCAUUAGGCGUUAUGAAUGCUCCGUCAGAGAUAAUCAAAAACUAUACCAAGGAAAUCUAUUUGAAACGUUACAAUUCGACAAUUAGUGACUAUUAUCAAGAUAUUCUUUAUUCGACAGCUAUUUCAGUUAUAGCACUUGGAGGCGUUCUAGGUGGUCUUCUAGCUACACUACUAACUGAUCAAUUUGGCCGAAAAACUGGUUUAUUGCUGAAUAACAUUCCAGUAAUACUCGGUUCUGUAUUGAUGGUACUUAGUAAAUUCAUUGCUUCAUUCGAAGCAUUUAUUAUUGGUCGAAUUCUAAUUGGUUUCUCUGCUGGUUUCGGUGCAACCGUGGGACCGAUUUACAUCAAUGAAAUAGCGCCGAUACGUGUACGUGGUUCAUUCGGUGCUUGCUUUCAGUUGUUUGUGGCCAUUGCCGUACUGCUAGCUCAAGUUCUUGGUUUAGAUAUAUUUCUUGGUCGUGAGCACUUAUGGCACUAUCUUUUUGCCGUGCCGAUUAUCUUCAGCCUCCUUCAAUGUGUGUUAUUAGUAUUUACGCAUGAAACACCGAAAUUUCUCUUACAAAAGAAACGUCGAAAAGCAGCUGAACGAGCUUUGAAAUGGUUUCGAUGUGAGACAGAUCUGGAGGUUAUUAAAGCAGAAAUUCAUGAUAUGGAAGCAGAUUUUCAUAAUAUUCAAACAAGUGCGACCGCGAUAUCCAUUCGUGAUUUAUGGUCAAAACCAUUACUACGUAAAUGUUUACUCAUUUCUGCCAUGACUCAUGUUGCUCAACAGUUCACUGGUUGUUUUGCGAUUUUCUUCUUCGGAGAUAUUAUACUUUACCAUGCACGUCUACGCAUGGAUUAUACGUCAUAUGCGAUGUUAUCCUGCGGAAUUACGUAUCUAGCAGUGGCAAUAUCAUUGGUUUUUAUUCUGGAUAAAGUUGGACGGCGCUCAUUAUUGCUCUAUGGUUUCAUUGGUAUGGCAGCAUCGUCAUGUGUCAUUGGUGUUACUAUUCUCAAAUCGAAAAAUAUUCCAUUGUUUCAUAUGAUAUUCUUGGAAAUAUUUGCAAUGAUGGCAAAUGUUGGGUUCUGUGCUAUGGGGCCUGGCGCUAUACCAUGGAUGUUAUCAACAGAGAUGUUUUUUCAAUCGGAACGUGUUUAUGCAUCAAGUGUUGCCAUUAUUGCCAACUGGCUAUCAAUGUUUGCUGUAAUUAUGACAUUUGUACCACUUUUCUACGCUGUCGGUGCAUUGCUGUUCCUCGCGUACGCUGCCAUGAGUUGUAUCUUUUGGCUAUUAACUUUUCUUUUUGUACCGGAAACUCGUCGGAAAAUUCCAGAACGCGUGCAGAUUCUUGUUGCCAAAGGCACAGUCUACAAAGCAAAACAUCAACAAUAA